UUUCAGGACGCCAAGAAUGUUAUCAACCGGUCGUAUCGUUGGUGUAGGAUGUCGAAAUUGCCGGUUGAUAUUGCGUAACUUGCUAAGUCCGGAAAGCAGCAUGUUUGAAAGUCGAGCAAAUUUCAAGGUCCGGCAGCAGCUGAAACUUCGAUGCCCACACUGUUACUUUAUUCGAGCUGAUGGUCGCUGGGAAGUGCGAUGCACGGAGUUUGCAAAACAUCAUCAGAAGGAACCAUAUAAUGUGAAGUUGUUAUGGUGAAUUCUCGAAAAUGUAUUGAAGCCGAGAAAAUGUUUAUACAUUGUGAUAAUAUGAAUUGCUUACAUCUUUAUGGAGCGCUCAAACUGUUUGCACGUUCUGAUAAUACGCUAUCCACACUGUAAAUUAUACACUGUAGCUAUUCUGGUGCGCUAUUCAAGUAUUGAAAAUCAGGAUUUAAUUCUCUUGCAAUAAAACUGCAUUUACAAAACUCG